AUGUGCCUGCCGGCGGGGAAGAAGCCCGAUGCCGUGAUGGGCUCGGCCACCCCCGAAGCUUGGCUGCUCUCGCCCUGGAAGCAAGACCCCGCGCAGCCCUGGGGGCUGAGGCUGCUUUCCCGAUGGCACCACACCCUGCCCCUCGUGGCCACUGUCCUGACGUGGCUGGCCACGGGCUCUACCAUGUCCAGCCUGAAUAAGUGGAUCUUCGCCAUCCACAAUUUCCGCUACCCGGUCUUGCUGUCCUCCUUGCACAUGCUGACAGCUGUGGUGGUGGGCAGGCCCCUCGCCAGGCUCCGGGCCAGGGGGUCCGGCCCUCCGGCCCUCCAGCCCAAAGCCCGGCUCCGGGUUUUCCUGCUGAGCCUGACCUUCUGUUCCAGCGUGGCUUUCGGGAAUCUGGGACUCAACCACGUCCAGCUGGAUUUUGCCCAGAUGGUCUACACCACCACCCCGCUCUUCACCCUGACGCUCUCGGAGCUGCUGCUGGGGAAGCGCCACCACCCCCUGCAGUACCUGGCCAUGGGCCCCAUUUGCGUGGGGGCCUCCCUGAGCAUCGUGGGGGAGGUGCACUUCAAUCAAGCCGGCUGCUGCUUCCUCUUCGCUGCCACUUUCCUGCGAGGCCUGAAGUCCAUUCAGCAAAGUACCCUCCUGCAGGAAGAGCACCUGGAUUCCUUGAGGCUCCUGUGCCUGACUUCGCUGCCCAGCUUCUGCCUCCUCUUUGUGGCCGCGCUGGGCAUGGAGGUGGGCUCAGCCUGGGAGGGCCUGCUAGCCUACGAAGCCAGCCUGUGGACCUGCGUGCUGCUCAGCUGCCUGGGCUCGGUCCUUUACAACCUGGCCAGCUUCUGCAUCCUCUCGCUGACCUCCGCCCUCACCAUCCACGUUCUGGGGAACUUCAACGUGGUGGGAAACCUGCUUCUCUCCCAUUGGCUUUUUGGAAGCCGCCUGACUUUGCUUAGCUACGCGGGCAUCGCCCUGACUCUUCUGGGCGUCCUCAUGUACCAUCACUCUGAGCGUAUCGCCGCUUGCUGGCGCUCGCGGGCGGGCCCAGCCAAAAAGGAGUAA